AGUGCCUCUGGUGGCACACGUUGGGUCGAUGGGAUAUUUGUCAAGUUCAGCAGGGUUUUGUAGGGAGUUGUUUCCAUGCGCCUUGCUCGAAAGCUAGGAUUUUGCUUUCAAGGGUAGACAAGGAGGAAGCAAGUUUACAAAGUCUGAGCAGUGUAGCUUUAAUUGAAGUCAUGCUUCUCGAUGGAGCAGAGGUAAAAAGGAGGAGACAUAUGGUGUAACCUUUAUUUUUGUUAGGUUCCCUGAUAAGCCAUCCAUUUGAUAAGAAAUGCUGCUCCAUUGGUGGAGCUUACAGGGUGCAGUUGUUCUGUGAUAAGCACGUGUUUAUUGUCGGCCAUAAAUGCCUGAAGUGACAGUUUAUGGCAGGUUUGAUUGGAUGUUUUAAAUGCUGAGUGCAUGCAUCCUUACUGCUUUCAAAGGCUGGUUUGCUAUGCGCUCCAGGGCUGGUUGAAGAAACGAGUUGAACUGUAAUGUUAAUUUGUUCCUUGGGACCCAGGGAGAUGCACAGCCCUUGCCAGAAUUCGUACCAUUGAGGCUCAUCUGAAUACAAUAUGCAGCCCCAAAAAGGAUAUUACACCAAGAAGUCAUGGAGGAGGAACGCAAGGAUGAUGCAUGUUUUGGUACAGACUGCAUGUCUUAUUAGGAUUAGGUGACAUUUUUCUUUCUUCGUGUUAGUACUCAUGCUGUCUGGGACUUUGUAUGGCCUCCUUUGGAGCAGUGCUCAAACACAUGAAUGUUUUCAAGCCCAGUGCAUGAGGUAACUCCUCGUGCAUCUUCCUGGUGCCAGGAACCAGCAUUGUCCCAGUCGGAGGUAUUUAGGAAUGAAAAACCAAUUAGUCUUCACACUGUAACAGAAAGGAAAUAACUCAUUUACUCUUUGGGCUAAUGAGGGGUGUGAUGUUGUAUUUAUAGAUGUUCUGUUCCUGCUUGAGCUGAGCUGAACUUGAGAUAUAUUCUUUCUGAUUAAAAUAUGAAGACACUCUAUUAUUUCUAUAACCACAUUUAAGUCUUGCAAUUUAAACAAAUUAGUUUGCAUUUCACAUGUCAGACACAGUGAUUUAUGGAGCAAAGCGGGUUUUUGCAUCUGUUUUGUCUCUUGAUUCAUUAAAUUUUGAUUGAAGAAAGUUUUUGAAAUAGGGCGUAAAAGAAUUUCCCGUCCUUAGUGAAGGGAUUUCUUGCUUGUUUUUUGCAGCAUCUGGUUGAGUAUUUUUUUUUUUUUUUCCCCCUGUGUGCAUAUGCCAAGAAAUCUUGAAUUUCCUUUCCUGAUUUUGAAAGUUUGGCCCGAGGGAAUUGAGCAAUUUCUCUGCUUUGCCCUGUUUGCUUUCUGGUCACCCCAUGGCAGCAGCGACGUGUAAGUCACUUAUGACACCACAGAAGGGACCCCGUUGCCCCGGGAGCUGCUGCAGCACCUUCAUCACAACCUCUGGCUGUGACACCGGAGGCACUCGCAGGCGCUGGGUGUGCCGGGGCAGUUGCACAAGCACCGUGCUGGGAGCAGCAGAGGGGAAACCGCUCUGCUAGGGGCAUAAACCUGCGUGGCAGGGGCAAGUCAUUGCUUUGGAGGUGCUGCAGUGCAUUAGGAGCAUAAUGUCACUUGUCUGCCCCAGCUCAUGGAGCACAAUAACAAGGAAUCGUGUCCAACGGUGGCUAGAAGAAACUGCUUCAGAUCAACUGGUGCUUCUGUCCGGCUGAGAUGAAGGUCCCUACAAGCAGAAGUGGCAGAAAUAGCGAGGAGGACAGCAUCAGGGAGGCCACAAGCUCUCAGCGGAGCAGCUCAAGGGACCGUCUCAGUGAUAGUUCUGCUCAAUCGCUUUCAGGAAGAGGCUACUCCUGUGACAGCGAGAGUGAUGUUGACGAUAAGACCUCAACGGAACUGGAGCUGACUCGUAUCAGGAGUGCCUUGAUAACAAGCAAGGCUUCUGUAGGCUCUGAGAAGCUGUUCUCCCCUGCAGCAAAUAAAGGUCCCACCUUGAAUGACAAGCCAGAAGCGAAAGCAGCCAAUGUCCCAAAGGUGUCUGGGCUAGAGCGGAGCCGGGAACUGAGCACCGACGUGCCCUUCGCCCUGCCCAUCCCCAGCCCCCAGCCAGUAGCUGCCGUUGUGACUUCUACUUCCUCAGCGCCCACGUCGAGCGCCAGAGCAAGCCCGCUGUUGAAGAAGGAGCCUGUGAUUUCAGCACCAGCACCACCAAGGCUCACGCCUCAGCCACAGCCUCGGCCACAGUCACAACCUCAACCUCGGCCGCAGUCGCAGCCUCAGCUAAUACCUGAGCUUCGGACCCAGCCUCCGAGUCACAUCCCUCCACCUCUCAAUUACCAAGUGCAUCACCAGGUGGCCCACAACGGACUCAAUAAUAUCAGCCGGAGCAGCAGUGCUAGCAGUGCAACAAGCAUCAGCCUCCCGAAACACCUCCCCCUCUCUCCCCAGAUUCCUCCGCACCAUUCCUCCGGCCCAGCCCUGCCCCUCUCCAUCUCUAAUCUUGCUACCUCGCACUUCUCUCUCAGAUCGCAGACCCAACACCAGCACCAUCCGGCCAUGUUCGCCACCCCACCCACGCUGCCACCUCCACCAGCGUUACCCACCAACAGCCUCGUGAUACCAGGUCACCCUGCGGAUCACGAACUGCUCAGGCAAGAGCUGAACAACCGGUUUUUGGUUCAGAGUUCGGACCGGGCCGCUGCCUCACUUGGCCCGGUGCCGCUGCUGAGAGCGGAGUUUCACCAGCACCAACACACGCAUCAGCACCAACACACCCACCAGCACACAUUCACUCCUUUUCCAUCCAGCUUGCCCCAGACGCCGCUCAUGCCGCCCUCUGCACCUCCCAUGGUGCGUACCCCAGCCCAAAAUUUUGACAAGUACGCUCCCAAAUUAGACAACCCUUACUUUCGACAUUCCAACUUCUUUCCAACCUAUCCUCCAGCAAUGCCUGGAAUGCCACCCAUGCUUCCACAUUCAGGUCCCUUUGGGUCACUUCAGGGAGCAUUUCAACCGAAGACUUCAAACCCUAUCGAUGUAGCAGGUAGACCGGGCACAGUCCACCAUACACUGCUGCAGAAGACUCCAGGGGUGUCAGACCCUUACAGGCCUCCAGUAAGAGUAAGUAAGAAACCCGGGAAGUGGUGUGCGGUUCAUGUACAGAUCGCCUGGCAGAUCUACCAUCAUCAGCAAAAGAUAAAGCAAAUGCAGCUGGAUCCCCACAAGCUAGAGAUAGGUGGUAAACUUGACCUGUUCAGCAGACCUCCUGCCCCUGGCGUGUUUCCAGGCUUCCAUUAUCCACAGGACCUUGCCAGGCCUCUGUUUUCUACCACAGGUGCGACACAUCCAGCCACCACGCCCUUUGGUCCUUCACCUCAUCACAGCAGUUUCCUGCCUACUAACCACUUGGCAGAUCCAUUUAGCAGGUCAAGCACCUUCAGCGGCCUUGGGAACUUAGGCAGCAAUGCCUUUGGAGGAUUAGGCAGUCAUGCUCUGACUCACAACAACAUUUUUACUCACAAAGAUGGCCCAAACCUGCAGAAUUUCAAUAAUCCCCAUGAGCCAUGGAAUAGACUCCAUCGGACCCCGCCGUCCUUCCCAACACCUCCACAGUGGCCCAAGCCGACCGAUUCUGAGCGAAGCUCCUCGGUGACAAACCACGACAGAGACAGAGAGCGGGACCGAGAGCCUGAGAAGAGGGAUCUUUCUCUGAGUAAAGAUGACAGAGACAAAGAGAGAGACCUCAUGGAUAAAAACAGACAUUCAAACAGAUCCUCACCGGCAUCAGCUCCAGUGACACAUCAGAUAAGCAAUCUCAUCCGCAGCAACAGCCAAACCUCCAGUGAUCCUAUCAGGCAGGUUAGCCUCGGUGAAAGGGAAAGGUCCAAAGAACCCGAGCGGGAGCACCCUGACCGGCUGAGAGAGCCGCCCAUAGCAGAACACAAGAUUAAAGAGAGCCGUUCCCCAGUGAAGGAAACUCCAAGCCAUGAUAAGAGACCCUCUGAGGACAACACAAAGCCAGUAAUCCAGUCUGUAUCCCCAUACAGCAAACCUGCACUAAGUGAGAGCUUAAAGCUUACCAAUCUAAUGAGCAAGGACAUGGAGAGAAAGACAGAGCUUCCCAGUGACCUCCAGAAGAUUAAGAAUGACAUCAAAGUCAAAGAGGAGAGGAAAGAAGACAGUGAUGUGCUGGUGGUAGGGUCUGAGCCUUCGCAGCACUCCCGAUCAGUGGAGCAUCCCCCACCACCUACUUUGCAUGGAUUGUCAUUGCCUCCCUCAAUGGCUGCCUCAAUGCCUAUCUCCAUGGGCAGCGUGCACCAGAUGAACAACAUGAAUGUCCUGGACCGCAGCAGAAUGAUGACCCCGCUCAUAGGCAUGAAUCCUUUGUCAGGAAGAGAGCGGCUGCCACAUCCUGGAUUUUCUUGGGACCCAAUGAGGGACCCAUUGCGAGAUGCCUACCGGAGCUUAGACCUGCACCGUCGAAUGGACUUUCAGCUCCGGACGGAUCCCAUCCAUAGGUUCCCUACCACCUCUGGAUUUUACGACCAUGAGCGUUCUUACAGAGACAGGGAGCCCCAUGACUACAACCAUGAAAACCUUCUUGAAGCCCGCCGAGAGCAGGAGCGGUUGCGGCAAGUGGAGGAAAGAGAGCGCUUGCACUUACGGGAAGAACUUGAGCGUGCCAGAAUGCACCACUUGCACUCAUCCCCUAUCGAAAGUCACCUGGCACACGUGCCAUCCUUCAUGCCUCAUUUAAGCGGGAUGCAUUACCCCAGACUGAGUCCAUCCACUGCCAUGCACAAUGGGAUUUUAAAUAGGAACCCACCAACUGCAGCGCUGAGCGCCCCACCGCCUCUUGUACCAGCGAGCAGCACCAGACCUGCCUCCCCACGCAGGACUACUCCACUCACAAACUCAGAGUCCAGGGACUACUCCCCCUCUAGGAACCCCAAAGAAGUAGAGGCACGAUAGUCCCCAACAUUGAAUUUUAAACUCGCCUGUAUAUAAAACAAACAAACAACAACAACAACAACAACAACAAAACAAACAGAAAAAACAAAAAACACAAAAAAAAGAAAAACGAAAAACAAACCUUUUACAAAAUGCACUGCUGUAAACUUUUUUUUUUUUUUUAAUGUAAAAUUUGUAGAAGUUAAGCACAUUUCCAUAAAUAAUGGGGUCGGGGAUGCAGACUUUCCAACAAGAAGGUUGCUGAGAAUGGGAAUUUAAUAUAUAGGUAUUGAUUUUUGGUUUUGUUUUUGUUUCUGUGCUAAAAAAAAAAAAAAGAGUUAAAAAUAGCAAGUUUGUACAUUUUUUCCCAAAUGUGAGAAACAUUUUUAAUGGAUUUGUAUUUUUUUUAAUUUUGUGCUCUUUAUUCACUUAAAAAGAAAAAAGAAAUUUUUGCUUUUGUCUUUAGUUAAAUUUGCAUUUAAAAGGCCUCAGAUCCUUAAGAAAAAAUACCCAGGGUUUCUUAAAAGUAUUAUUUAUGGAAAUACUGUAGUUUUACAGUCCACUGUGAGGUUCCCUUCUGAGGCCAAUUGAUCACUUACCUUGGUACUUUGGAACCGAAGUUACAGAUAUAUAUUAAAAUAUUAAUAAUAAUAAUAAUGUACAAAACUGUUUGUUUUUUGCCUUAUUAUAUUAUGCAGAAAUUUAAGAGGAAUUUUUUUUGACUUCUUGUUUUAAACAAAAAAAAAAACAGAAAACAAACUGUAAAUAUUCUGUUAAUAUAAAUGUACACCAAUAUUAAAUUCUUAACAUAGGUAGACUUUAUAAAAAUGGUUUCUAGAACCACUGGUUAUUUGUUAACAUGGUUACAACUCAUACUCUUGUCACAGUCAGAAAUUCACACUCAGAAAGCUAAGUACGGCAUAUAUACUUCAACUAUGCAAGAACUUGGAGGCAGGUCUUAGCGGAUGUUGGGGGGAGGAAGGUUUAAAAAAAAAAAAAACAACCCAAAAACAACCAACUUGCAACUAUGGA